GGCCCCACCCAUACCUAAACCCAUCUCCCUAGUCAAGUCCCCCAAUCAAGAUAUAUAAAAGGCCAGGAUCGGCUCAGUCAAGAUAACAAGAAGAAAACUCACACAAUUUCAACGUGUCAUCAUACGCUAAAGACCCAUCAUGGCUUCUUUCAAAUUACCAGCAUUCCUCUGUGUUGCUGUUCUCUCUAGCAUGGCUUUGGUAUCUCACGGGGCUGUGAUUGGAUUGUGUCAGGGUGCCUGCCCUAAAGGUUGGGCAAAACAUAAUAACCGAUGCUUCUUGCAUGUCGCUGAGAAGAAGACAUGGAUUGUUGCUGAGCUAAACUGUUUACAUCUUGGGGGAAACCUGGCCUCAGAGCACAGUGAAGACGACCAUCAGUUUCUUAAAGAGCUCCAUAAGGGUCUUGACAGUUCAGACAGCCCAUUCUGGAUAGGACUGUCAGCUGUGCACGAGGAGAAAACAUGGCUGUGGUCCGAUGGUACAAGAGCAAGCGGUAAAGACUAUACAAGGUGGAAUCCGGCAGAGCCAAACAACUUUGGGGGCAAAGAGGACUGUGUGCACUCAAACUAUGGAGGCAAGAAAAACUGGAACGAUGUUAAAUGUGACCGAAAGUAUCCGUCCAUCUGUUCCUUGAGAUCCAAUAACUGAUUUGGCCCUGCAUGAAGGCGAAUCAGCUCAUGAAGAGGCUGCUGUGUGUCUCUUAAUAAAGUUCCUUAAGAAUGCAAUA